AUGGGCCGUCGUGAAUAUGAACCUAUAAAAUCUAACAUCAAAUUUCACAAACCAGACGAUGAAGAUGCAAAGGAUAAGGCCUGGCGUGUACGUCAAAUGAUGAUAAAAUUUUCGGGAAAAAUCAGUUUCAAGGAAUUUAUCAGAGGAAAACCGAUUCGAUUUGGUAUCAAAAUGUUGGCAUUAUGCGCUUCGAAUGGUUACUCAUUUUAUUUUGAUAUUUACUGUGGCAAAAAUGAAAAGUUUGAUUUCCUACCCAAAAUUGUUCAAGGUAGUCGAGUUGUUUUACAAAUGCUUCAAGAAUUUUUGCUCAAGACUUCUCCUCGUAAUAGACUUCAAUAUCAUAUCUACUUUGAUAACUUAUUUUCUUCUCCUGACCUGUUAGUGCAUCUGAAAAAUAAAAAUCUGCGAGCGACCAGCACUGUAAGAAAAGAUAGGAUUGAAGUGUCUAACGAAAUCGAUGCGAAAGCUCGUAGAGGACUAACUAAAGUAAAGCAUGAUAGCAAUAGUGGUACUAAUUUUGUCACAGUUAUGGAUUCAAAAGCAGUUUCGAUUCUUUCUUCAGCUGCUGGCGUCACCUCUACUUCGAACGUAUCACGUUAUGAUAAGGAAGCCAAUGGAAAAGCUGCAAUACCUUUUCUAAAUGCCUACAAAGUUUAUAACAAUUUUAUGGGUGGAGUCGAUCUACACGAUCAGCACUGCAACAACUUGAUGCAAUAA